AUGGACACUUUCGUCCUGCACAUGCAGAAUAUCGAGGUUGACCUUGGUGGUGGAGAUCUUGGUGACCUUGGCGAGCACGACGUCGUCUUCGGACGGCGUGAAGUUGGCAAUUUGGGCCCCGUUGGUGCGCACAGACACCACAGACGACUUAUCUGUGGUUGCGAAGUUGACGGCUCCGAGCGAGGUGGCCACGAUGCAUGGGACAGCGACGCCGUUGACCGCGCGGUCGGCCAGAAUUGUGUUGGCGCCAGCGGUGUAGACGUGGUCCUCGGCGGCGGCGGGCACAAUUGGUUGUCCUGGCAAUACCAAAGCGUUCAUCUGAAUUCCUGA